AUGGCGGACUUUGAAGAACAGGCACUAUCAUCCGUGCCAACGGCACCGAAGAUCUGGAAACGUUAUGUUGACGACACUUUUACCAUCUUAUAUCAGGGACCGCGGAGCAAGGUGAAAAGUGGGAGGGCUGACAAUUGAAAAUAAUUUUUUCAUAUUGAAAAUCGAAAAAAGGAAUAAAAUCAUAGUAUUUGAUUUGUUUCUGUCGCGUGACUUUGCACACUUUAUCCAGUAUUUGUUGCUCAUUAUAGGUCGGCAUUAGUGAUACCGAAAUUCUUCAUAGGAUUUUCAUUCCGUCCAGCAAAUGUGUUUGCGAUCUGUAUCACGUCGAAGCUUUCCGUUAAUUUCUUAUGACAAUUAAGUACUGUCAAGUUGCUGAAUCGCUGCUGUUUCACGUUCGAUCUCAGCCAUGUCUUUCAGAUUCAGGGCAAGAAAAGACGCGAUUACAAUUUUAGUAUAGAAAAUACUACACUGAAGUGAUCUAAAAAAUUUCUAACUAUGGCCGUUCACUGUUCAAAUAAUGUAAUUCUUCUUGCCAUCGAAUAUUUCAUUGAUUCGAAAGGAGAAAGACAAAAUAUAAAUCUUUUAUCAAAAUAACUACUCACCUUCGUUUGACUUGAAAAAGCUAGUAAUUUUCCUCAUUUCAUCUGAUAAAACUGAUAAAACACUCUGCCGGAGCUGGAAGUACAAAACACGCUGCUGAACGAAGCGAAGGGGUGGGCAAGGCAUAGCGUUUGAUCAAGGGGCAAGUCGGCCCCAGGGCACAAUUACCGCGAAAAGCACAGGAGCCCCACAAAAUGCCUGGCGUUUGAAAUUAAAGAAAAUACAGAGAAUAUAGCGGAAUAUAGACGGAAAAAACUUGUUUCAAGUCUUUUUUUUAUUUUAAUUAUUUUUCUUUUUAGUGCAAAAAGUGGGGGCGGAAGCGCAAAAAAGUGGUGGGGCCGCGGCCCUACCAGCCCCUCCCCCUCCGCGGUCCCUGUAUAUAAAACGGAAUGAUGUCGAAGACUUCCUAAAGCACCUUCAUACUCAACAACCAACCAUCUCUUUUACAAUGGAGACUGAGAAUGACAACACAAUUCCCUUUCUUGACACAUUGGUCAUAAAAGAUUCAGAAGGCCGCCUCACUACAAGUGCUUACAAAAAACCUACGCUGAUCAGUACCUGUCUUAUGACUCACACCACCCUCAACGAGUCAGACGAGUUAAACGCGGUGUUGUCAAGUGCUUAUACAAUCGAUCGAAAAAUAUCAUCACUAAACCAUCGGCUACCUCUGAGGAAAAGAAGCAUUUAA